AUGUGGAACAAGCUCACCCAUCUCCCUGCUCUGCGCAUCCUCAAAUCAGAACUGGAAAGCUCAAGCAUGUUAUGGCGGCCUGAGGCUCUGAGUGACUUCCAUCGUGGCCUNCCACCCCUGGAAAAUCUCGCGCUUACUGGCGAGAUCAACCUAGCCCAGUCUCAGGAAUGGAUAUCAUCUCAUGCUUCAAGUUUGAAGCGACUGCAGCUGAGGCCGUUGGAGCACUGUAACAGGACAUUUGAUCUCGACUCACUGAGCUCAAUGGUCCAACCUCCUUUACUACUUCUCGAGCAUCUGAGCAUCACCAUAAAGCGAUUCAAAGGCGAUUCGGACGAAGUCGACACUUACAAGAUUCUCGGUGCGAUGCCCAAGCUACAGAGCAUCGUGCUCGGACUGGAUUGUUCAGAGCGUUCUGUCGCGACAUCGCCCUACCAUCUGUUGGAGCCGGAAGGCCCAGACACCGACUUCUGGCAGCGGACCUGGAAANNUGUGGGCGCGAACAUACACAUUCGACAUCCCCGCUAUCAUAACAUCAAGGAUGCUCUGAUAAACAGUGCCGUUGAUAAGAAGCUGGCAAUGGCCAUUUUUCGUACCAUCUCAGCCGCGAAGCCGGUCUGUUCGCUGCCACUAGAACGACUCGAAGUCCGUCCUAAUGGCACCGCGGCAGAGUAA